AUGGCCCAACUCAAGACUUUCACCCGCGAAGAGGUUGCCAAGCACAACACCGAAAAGGAUUGCUGGAUCAUUAUCGAUGGCUCAGUGUUUGAUGUCACUCGAUUUGCUCCCAUGCAUCCUGGAGGUGGCCAGCUCUUGAUUGAGUUUGGCGGCAAGGACGUGACAGACGAAUUCUAUGGUCUUCACAAGCACGAAGUCAUUACCAAGUAUACCCCUAGACUCAAAAUUGGCUCUAUUGUCGACGAAAAGUCUGCUAUUGCUGAGGCCAACGCUUCAUACAUUUCCAAGGUCCCUUACGCAGAGUCUAGCUACUUGAUGGGUCUCAAGAGCCCUUACUACAAUGAGAGCCAUACCCGUUUCCUUACUUCCAUUCGCCAGACAUAUGAAAGUAUCAAGGACGAAUCUAUUCUUUUUGAAGACCAGGGUAAAGCUCCCUCUGCUGAGGUUUACAACUUGUUAGGUCAGGAAGGUAUCCUGGCUUCUCAGAUUGGUCCCGGUCCUUGGUUGAAGGGUCUCAAGCUGCCCGGUGGAGUCAAGCCCGAGGAAUUCAACUACUUCCACGAGUUGAUUGCUCACCAGGAAACCGCUCGCAUGGGUACUCCUGGUUACUCCGAUGGUAUCUCUUCUGGCUACAGUAUCGGUCUUCCCCCUGUCCUUUACUUUGGCUCUCCUGCUUUGAAGGCCAAGGUUGUUCCAGAAGUUCUUUUGGGCAAGAAGCGUAUCUGUUUGGCUAUUACUGAGCCCUACGCUGGCUCUGAUGUGGCCCGUAUUCGUACUACCGCCAAAAGAACAGCCGACGGCAAGCAUUUUAUUGUUAAUGGUGUCAAGAAGUGGAUUACAAAUGGUACCGCUUGCGACUACUUUACUACAGCUGUAGUAACUGAAAAGGGUAUUACCAUGCUUUUUAUUGAGCGUAACGAAAACCUUGAAACCAAGGCUAUCAAGACCUCUACUUCCCCUGCUGCUGGUACUGCCUACAUCACCUAUGAGAAUGUCAAGGUUCCAGUUGAGAACAUCCUUGGCAAAGAAGGUCAGGGUUUCCAGGUUAUCAUGUUCAACUUCAACCACGAGAGAUGGUACAUCUGCGGUGCCAUGACUGGUGCAAGCCGUGCUGUUAUCGAGGAAUGCUUCAAGUGGGCCAAUCAGCGUAAGGUCUUUGGAAAGCGUUUGAUCGAUCAACCCGUAAUCCGUAACAAGUUGGCUGGCAUGAUUUCCCAAUUGGAAGCUGUUGAUAACUGGCUUGAGAACAUUACCUAUCAGAUGUGCAGCAUGUCUUAUGAUGAACAAGCCAUUAAGCUUGCUGGUCCUAUUGCUCUUCUCAAGUACCAGUGCACUCGUGUAGCCCACAAUAUUUCCGAUGAUGCCUGUCAGAUCUUUGGUGGUCGUGGUAUUACAAAGACUGGUAUGGGUAGAUUGGUCGAGAGUUUCCAGAGAACCUACAAGUUUGGUGCUAUUCUCGGUGGUUCAGAGGAAAUUAUGGCUGAUUUGGGUAUCAAGAUGGCCAUGAAACAAUUCCCCAAGCACGCUCGUCUUUAAACAUUAGAUAUAUCUAAAGAACAGAAGUAAAAAAAAACUACUAUUUUCGGACAGUCUUGUAAACAAUUUCCUUUUUUUUCUUUUCUGUUCUCUUUAUAUAAAUAAAAUACAAUACAAU